GAGCCUGCGGUGGCCACGGCGGCGGCGGCGGCUGGUGUAAGAGAAGCGACGCGCAUGGGUAGGCUGUGUGUGGAGCUGUUCAGCGCAAAGGUGCUGAGCCUCGCUCGCGCUUAAGGAGGCUCCGCCGGCUGCUGCUGCUGCUCCCUUGGCUGGCGGCAUGGGACUGGGAUCCGGCUUCCUCCAUUGCCACGCACAGAAAGGAACCCGACUUUAACAAGCUUAUGCUACAGAAGGAAAGGCUGAAUGAAUCUUGAAACAGGGAGCCCAAGACAGUAGCAGGUCUUUUUCAGGUGAACUUCUGCCAUGGCUUCUUGUGAUGAGCAAUGAUACACUCUGAAGUCUACAGAGACCAAACAUCCAAAGGAAUGGUUGCUUCGCUUCCUUCUCACUGUCGCGAAAUGAAAUGGUGUUCCUAAGGUGAUAACUGCUUCUUGCAGUCUAGAAGACACAACUUCACUAGGACAUUUUGUUUUUAUUUUUAUUUUUGUCUGCAAACGCACAUUCUGAUGGCUGGCGGGCAGUGAUGACACCAUGUAGAAGGUCCUGAAGGGGUGUCCUAACUGAGUUGCAAUGGUUUUAUACACUACCCCAUUUCCAAACGGCUUUCUGUCAGCACUGCAUUCUUUCUCCUGGGGCUUGAUCUUCCCAUGUUAUUGGCUUGGAGACAGGCUUAUAGCCUCCUUUGUGCCUACCACCUAUGAGAAGCGCCAAAGGGGAGAUGAUCCGUGCUACUUCCACGCUCUGUGCAUCAUCAUCACCACUCCAAUUUACCUGGCGCUACUGGUGGUCUCUCUGCCUUUUGCCCUGAUUGGCUUCCUGCUCUGGUCCCCUCUCCAGUCUGCUAGGCGACCGUACGUCUACUCUAGGCUGCAAGACAAGAGCCAGAUCCAUGGAAGCACGUUGCUCACAGAGUGGAAGGCCGCCAGCAAUGGGAAAAGCUUCUGCUUUGGCAGCGCCAAUGUCUGCCUGCUCCCAGACUCCUUGGCAAGAUUGAACAAUGUUUUCAACACACAGGCCCGUGCUAAGGAGGUUGGGCGACGGAUACGGAAUGGGGCUAGCAGGCCACAGAUCAAAAUCUACAUUGAUUCCCCCACAAACACGUCCAUCAGCGCAGCAAGCUUCAGCAGCCUGGUCUCUCCUCAGGGCGGAGAUAGUAAUAACCGUGCAGUCAAUGUGGGCAUCAAGAGGACAACCUCGAUGGAGUACAAAGGGGACAACUCCGGCUCGAACAACAGCGAAGAUGGUAGAGAUGGCAAAGCUGGAGGAGAUACCAAUGAGGGUGAAGAUGGCAACACGUGCAUUGUGCGCAUAGGUGGAGAGGACAAUGGGCACAUUUCAGACCUGGAAGCGGAUGGCACUGGUGGCCAAGUCAAUAACAGCAAGGGGCCUGCAGACCGAUCACCAGAAUCUGAAGCCGAGAGCCUGAAAGGCCAGACUCCGAACCAUAAGCAGAAAGAGGGGGAUUCUGGGAGCCUAGAUAGCUACACUGCCUCGCGAGAAUCCCUAGUGAAGGUGCGUGCCGCAGAUGGCCCUGUGGACCAGAGCACUGUCAACAGCAAGCUCCUUUACAAGGCCUCACUGAUGAAGAAGACCUCCUUGAGAAAAAAGAGAAACACAGAUGAGCUCUUUGACCACGAGAUCUCCGCUUUCUUCCCUGCCAAUUUGGACUUCCUGUGCUUGCAGGAAGUGUUUGACAAAAGGGCGGCUGAGAAAUUGAAAGAGGAGCUCCACCAUUACUUUGAAUACAUUCUGUACGAUGUUGGGGUCUACAGCUGCCACGGCUGCUGUACCUUUAAGUUUGUGAACAGUGGCCUGCUUUUUGCCAGCCGCUAUCCAGUUAUGGAUGCUGCUUAUCACUGUUAUCCCAAUGGAAAAGGAACAGACGCCUUGUCUUCUAAGGGGGCCCUGUUUCUCAAGGUGCAAGUGGGAAGUACACCUCAGGACCAAAGAAUUGUGGGAUACAUUUCCUGCACUCACUUGCAAGCUCUGGCAGGGGACAGUACUGUUCGAUGCGAACAACUGGAUCUGCUUCAGGAUUGGCUGGCUGAUUUCAGAAAAUCUACCUCCUCCUCCAGCACAGCCAAUCCAGAGGAGCUGGUGGCAUUUGAUGUACUCUGUGGAGAUCUCAACUUUGACAAUUGCUCAUCAGAUGACAAGCUGGAGCAGCAGCAUUCCUUGUUUACACGCUACAAGGACCCAUGCCGGCUUGGUCCAGGGGAGGACAAAUCAUGGGCAAUUGGUACCUUGUUAGAUCCAGAAGGACUAUACGAUGAAGAAGUGUGCACAGCAGAUAACCUGCAGAAGACAAUGGAAAGUGAAGAAGGGCGAAAAGCCUAUAUUGUCUUUCCUACCAGCAAGACCCAUCCUUCAAGUCAGAAGGGGAGGAAGAGAGCUUUGAAGGGGAACGGGAGGCGAAUUGACUACAUGCUUUACACUGAAGAAGGACUCUAUCUAGAGUGGAAAGUGGAAGUGGAAGAGUUCAGUUUCAUUACUCAGCUGGCAGGCUUAACUGAUCACCUGCCUGUUGCCAUGCGCCUGAUGGUUUCAACGGGAGAAGAGGAUCCUUAAAAAAGGACCGUUUUUUCGUCCCCCAAGUGUGUAGAGGAGGGAACUUCCAAACUUGUGACCAAGAUGCAAGACAGAGUGUGGGAUAUUUUGGAUGCCCCCACCCCCUCCAGACCAGGCUUGACUCAGACGAUCCUCUGGCUGCGAUUCUACCUGCUUUUCAGAUUCCUCUCCAUUUGCAUCCUGUUAGGAAGAUGUUAAAAAGGGAAGCAGAGAACGUAUGUGAAUGUGUGCAUGGGGAGAUGGGGAAGGGAGGGGGGGUCAGCCCACCCACAAGCGUCACGAGUUGCCGGGCAACCGGGCAAGCCUGUAUUUCUAUACUUUCACUGUGGACUUAAAAGGAACCAAGGUAGAAGUCCCAAUUCUUUUGAACCAGUGCCAUUCUUACAAAACAAUGUUUUUUUAUAUAUAUACUGAUAUAUAGCACAAUUUAGUUUGUAAUCAGUCUCUGUGUUAGUGCUGCUCCAAAAGCGAGUUUUCGAAUCAUUUCUUUAUAUAUCCUUAAUGAGCUAAUGCUUAAUUUCUCUCUUCUUCUUCUUUUUUAAAAAAAUCCUUUUCUUCCCCACCCCCUUUCCUUUCCUUUUUUCUUUUUAGCCUGUUAAUGUUGUAGUAGCAUGCCUGCGUCAGAAGCAUGCCUCCACAUUGCAUGUCACUCACUUAGGAAUGGAAUGGUCAGUGAGGUACCAUUGGGGUGGAGGUGGGUGGGCAGGUAGGGGAAACGAGAAGGAUGGCAAUGGUAAUUCAGAACCCAAAGCAUCCUGGCGACAGCAUUCUUAGGACCUUGAAAACCCAGGUUUGGAAAACAGUGUCAUAUUGCCUAUAAGCAGGCGACUGUCAAAACAGUAGGGCCAAAUCCUAAAGUAUUCUCUACCAAUGCAAUCCUGGAGAUAAGAUUUCAGAAGACACUAUGGCAGAUGUGGCAGAUACAAGUGGCGGCAUCUUUCCUGGACUGGUCCAUUGCAGCUUGCAGUACGAGAGGUUUAGCACACAAACUUUCAAAGCUGUCUUAUGUCACCACCAGACAAUAAGUUGUAUCUAACAAAGUGGAAUGGAGUUGCCCCUCAUUCUCCUUCCCUCAGGUGUUUCCCCAAAACCUGUUUGGGGUUCCUCCCCAACCCUCCAGAGCAGAUUUUGGGAUGCCCAGGAAGGAGGGAAGGGAAGGAGGUUCUGUUGUGCUUCUGGGAGUCCGUCUACUAACAGGACAACUUUCUUGGAUACAACCCCGUCAGUCUAAUAAUCUAUCUCAACAUUGUCUGCUCUGACUCUCUGGUGGCUCUAACCUGAUCUGCAGCAAUUUUUGUGUGGAUGGGGCCAUAAUUACCCUUCAGGUUCUGAACUUUUGUGAUACCAAAAUGCAUUUAAUAAUGCAUAUUUUAGAAUAAAACACAUACAUUGAGACAAAAUACAUACUUAAAUAUUUUGUGAUGAAAUGCAUAUUGAAAUCCAUAUCAAAAUACCACCGAAAUACAAAUUCUUGUGCAGUUUUGUUUUUUUAAAAGACAGGUUAAUACGGAACAGGAACAGAUUGGAUUUAUGAAUAAACACAUGUAAAGUUGGCGUAGACUAUGGAACCCACCUCAGUUACGUGAAUAUUGGAACGUUCCUCCACCAAAAGAUGGUUCUCAGCACAUGGAAAGGUAGUAUGUCAGGGGAAAGGCUAGCCUAAAUCUUCUCCGUAGUGUGUUAGUUUAAUAUAGGUGGUGAGCGGGAAAAUUGAACUAUGUAAACCCAGCCAUCACAACCACAAGGGAAACAUGACCAAUGGAGUCUGCUGAAUGCCUGAAUUGGCCCAUAGACCUACUGAAUAUGUCAACAAAGUGGCACGGCUGAAUCCAACGCAGUUCCAGUGCUGUCUGGAUGAAGGAAUCGCAUGGAACAGAUGGGUCAUGUGCAAUGCAACCACACCAGUGCUAUCAACCCUCAAUGAGGUAUAGCGCCAAUGCAGUUACUUACUGUUCUGCCUGCCCAUCCCAGUGGGAUUUCUUCAUUUGAACACGAUCAGAGCAACAUGGAAAUCAAUCACAGGGAAACAGUGGCUACUCUAGUAAUGUGUAUAUUAGUCCUCAAGCAUUGUGAGAACAGAGAGAGCAAUGCAAGGAAAUAGGUGGCGGAGGGCCUUAGCUAAAACACAAGCAACUUCACCAGAAGCGCAUAGCAAGACAUAGUAGGGAAGUUCUGUAAAUUCUGAAUCAGACAGACUAAAAGGUGCCACAUUCGGAAGAUGUGCCUGUCACUCCAAGGAGAGGAAGAUCUCACACAUUACCAUUUGUACCUCUUAACUUCUGUUGCAGAAGAUUUGUUUGCUCGUUCUUCUCUUGUGCUGAUGGACUUCCAUUCCUGCCCCGCUCCCCCAGCUUGGUAGUUCAGCUUGAUUUGAGGUGGUGGACUGAAAUUUCUGAACCCCAUCCCUCUUCCCACAGCAGGGCUUGUACAGCAUGUAUGAAGGAAAGAGUGCCUUUAAACACAUGCAGAGUGCCCGAGUUUUCCCCACUAAGAACCAUCAAGUGUUCUCUGCCCACCCAUUGACAGAGGGAGUGGCUUCUGGGGCAGCAUGGCCUAAACAUGACUUCCACUGUCCAGUCACAGUACCUCAUUCGUUUAUAACCUCAUUCACUUGCAACACUCACAGGAGGCAGUGAUGGCCACCAAUUUGGAUAGCUUUAAAAGAGAAUUAGACUGGAGAAUUAGAAUGAAGGAGAAGGCUAUUGAUGGCUACUAGCCAUGAUCUUGUGUUCAAAUCCUGCUUGCUGGUUUCCCACAGGCAUCUAUAAAGUUCAUGAAUAAGUACCCAAGCACUAUUAUCUAUUUCCUACCUGAACACAAAUUUAUUUUAUGAACUCUAAAUAGACCCUCACCUGCAACAAUCUGUUUCUCUCCUAGUCUGCACUUCUGAUGUGACACUUUCCUUUUUUAGAAGUGACAAGCACACCUUCCAGAGCAGGAAGAAUCUGUACCUCUCCAAAAUAGUAUUGCCACUUAUAAAUGGUGGAAGAUCAAAUGUCAUAGAUCAACCCAAUCUGCUUUUCAUAUCCCUCUUGAAAUCAGAGGCAGAAUUUUCAAAUAUGCUUAAGCAGUUGUGGGCUUGUCAUUCAGCAUUAUGCCGCUGCACACUGAAACAUGUUCCUGUCAUGUAUUAGGUACACUGGGAGGCACUAUUGUUGCCUGUUCAGCUCCACGGUUGCCAAAAUACAUUAGGGUGUAGCAUAGAUUGAGCCAAGCCGCCCCACCAGUCUUUAGCGAAAUCUCUGAUUUCAUAAUGCUUCAAAAUUCUGCGUUUCUGCAGCUAAGGAUGGCAGAGGUUGUUGCCAGUGCAACCAGUGCAACAUUUUGGAUCAUCUUGGGAGGGAAGGGCAAGCCCCCAGUUAGUAUAUCUUUGUACAGAUGCAUUAAUUGGGGGCCAUCCUAAGUGGAGAGCAUGUCUCAGAAUCUGGCAACAGAUCUCAGUGCUAUGGCUGUGAGAUUGAACAAGAUGCACCAUAGAACCAGAUGGCUCCAGAAGCAGGGUUUUUCUUUGCCUCUUCUGAAAAACAAAGAACAAGAAAUCAAGGAAGAUGAAAUAAAAGACUGGUGGAUCAGAGAGACCUGAUUGGAAAUGAUGCAAACAUUUCUGGAGAAAUGGAAUACAGUGCAAACAU